AUCCGAGUGAGCAAGAACCAGAACACAUUCAUUGUUAAUUGCGUUGUGACGGUGAAAACCCAAAUAUAGUCAUGGAGCUCCACACGCAUGAGUUAUCCUCCUUCUUCCGAAAGUCAGUUCAUCCUGAACAGGUGUCAGCACCAUUGAAACAUGCGCCACCGUUACAACGCGAAACUAUUCAGCUCGAUGGCGGGGAUGUGCUCCUGCAGAAGGACAUUGCCGUCAAGAUGCGAGACGGUAUCACUCUCUACGCCGACUUGUAUCAACCACAUCCUACGUUGACUGAAAAGUCACCAACAAUUAUCUUAUUCGCUCCGUUUGGCAAGCAUGGUGCAGUACCUCGAGAAAGAUUUCAGAACAUGGGGGUAGAUUGGUCUCAGCUCAGCAAGUAUACCAACUGGGAGCUUCCUGAUCCAUUGCGAUGGUGUGGUGAAUGGCAUUACUCUCUGCUUUGCGUUGACCCAAGAGGCACUUGGUGGUCAGAGGGUGCAAGAGCGACCUAUCUUUCUCCAGAAGAAGGUCGAGACGGAUAUGAUAUCGUCGAAUGGGUAGCUCAGCAGCCAUGGUGUACUGGUGAGGUGGGUUGGGGAGGCGGCGUGUCCUACUUCGCUAUGUCAGCGUAUCAAACAGCCGUUCUGAAACCACCACACUUAAAGGCGCUUCUCAUCUGGGAAGGAAUUUCUGACCUUUAUCGUGAGGUGAAUUGUCCCGGUGGAAUCCCCAACGUGCCUUUCCAACAUUUUUGGAUGAACAUGACCGGAAAUGGCCUCUCAGAAAGUGAAGACCAUGCAGUUGCAAGCAUUGAGCAUCCACUUUUUGACGAUUAUUGGCGUUCCAAGGUUGUGGACUGGAGUCUAAUAGUCAUCCCGGUGUUUUCCGUUACGGGAUGGUCGUCACUCGGAUUGCAUCUACGCGGCACUAUUGAAGCUUGGAGAAAGUUCUCGUCGAAAGACAAAUACCUUUGGAUUCACAGUGGUCGUGAGUGGAGUGAAUUCUACAAGGAGGAGAACGUUCAGAAGCAACACCAGUUUUGGGACCGAUAUCUCAAGGGCGAUCAGAACGGAGUGAACGACUGGCCAAAGGUCGAAAUCGAUGUUCGAAUUUCCGCCACCCAAAGCAGUCCAAGAUUUGUGUCUACAUUUCCUCCUCAAUCAGAAAUAACUGAGUACACGUUAGCAGAGGGUGGGAGGCUUCAUGCUAAUGAGGGACUGGAUGUCAACAGCUGCAAUCCGAAUUAUGUAUCAUUUGAUGCACACAAGCUUGACUCAGCCGCAACCUUUGAUUUCGUGGUUGAUCAGACCACCGAGAUCACAGGAUAUGCAGCGGUGAAACUUUUCAUCCAGGCAAUGCACUUCCCAGACGUUGACUUGUUUGUCGCUCUUCAAAAGAUUGACACAGACGGAGAAGAGGUUAAAUUUUACCACUCGACGCAGCAAUUGGAGGCGGCUGCCACCUAUGGAUGGCUACGAGCCUCCCAUCGUGAGCUUGACGAAUCUGCCAGUGUGCCUGAAAGGCCUGUUCAUCUCCAUGAAAGACGGCAAUGGCUGCGGCCGAGUGAUAUUGUCGAGGUGAAUAUUGAGCUAUGGCCAGCCAGUACAGUAUGGAAAGCCGGGGAAACAGUUCAUCUGGUUGUGAAGGGCACCACUUUCACGAAUCCAGACAACUUUACUCAAUUCAAAGGCCCUUCUCACAGCUUUGGAGAAGUUAAAAUCUGGUUUGGCAAAGGCUACAAUAGCAGCUUGUUCCUGCCUGUAGUUAGACUUUGAAGGGACAUCAUCAAAGGCAGCCACGAGGACAUAACCCGCGGCUUUGACAUUGGUGGUUGAGAGAGAUACAAGUACAUGCAUUGCGCAACACACUCCAGUCACAAUUAUAUUACUAAGAGGCAAGCUGCUUAUUUGUCGAUUUACUACUU